AUGGAUUGUGAUGAUAUGGAUUGUGAUGUUGUCCCAAUGGAUUGUGAUGAUAUGGAUUGUGAUGAUAUCCCUCCCUAUUUGCCAAUACAUAUUAUUGAAGAGAUUAUAGUGAGACUUCCCGUCAAAUCCCUCCUCCAAAUUAGGUGUGUUUGCAAAUCAUGGCAAGCUUUGACAUAUGAUCCCAUAUUCAUCCAAAGACAUUUGAGAGCUUCCACUAAAAAAGACGACGAUGAUGAUUAUGAACACAAAAGACUCCUUGUGAUGCCCGACUUUGCUCAUUUUAAUUUGAAAUCAUGUUCUUUGUCAUCGAAUAGUUGUUCUGUUAAUGGAUUGGUUUGUAUCAUUAUUGAUAAUAAAGUUUUAGUUAUAUGGAACCCAUGUACAGGAAAAUCAAAGAGACUACCUAAUUGUGGCUUCAAAAAGAGUCAAGCUCAAUAUAUAUAUGAAUUUGGCUAUGAUGAAGUUAGUUCCGACUAUAAAGUAGUUGCUAUUAAAUCUGAAAUAGUAAAUUUUCAAGUUACUUUCAAUAAUAAAGUAAAACUUUAUGGGUUAAAAAGUGAUUCAUGGAAAAAUAUUGGAGAUUUCUCGGGCAUACCCUUACAUAAUGCAUCGAGCAUAUUUGUGAGUGGAUCACUUCACUGGAUUAGUGUAACAGGACCCUUUAUGAAAAGUGUUAUUUCUCUUGAUCUAUCAAAAGAAACUUAUUCUACAAUCGUAGAGCCUUCUUACGGAGAAGGAUACAGGGAAGGAGAUGGAGAUGUUAUGGUUUCAAUUUUAGGGGUUUUAAGUGGAAACUUAUGUAUGCUAUCUUACAUGGAUGCGGAAUACGCUGAUUUAUGGGUGAUGAAGGAGUAUGGAAAAGUAGAAUCGUGGUAUAAAUUGUGUUCAAUGACGUAUCUACAAAAUCCAUUAAGUUUUCUAGUUUCUUCACCCUUGUAUAUUUCGAAGAAAAACGAAGUGGUUUUGCUGUUAGGAUCGCGUUUAAUAUCGUUUAAUAUUGAUAGCAAAAUCAUUAGUUAUCCGGAUAUUCAUGAUUGUUUUCAAGUAAGAGGUUAUUUAGAGAGUCUAGUCUCACCUUGUCCGGAAUUAUGA